UGUUGUGCCGUAUUUUAAAACAGAGCCGGGCCUACCCCAGAUUCACCUGGAAGGGAACCGCCUCGUCCUCACCUGCCUUGCCGAAGGGAGCUGGCCUUUGGAGGUCAAGUGGAUGCGCGGCGACAGGGAGCUCACCACCUACACCAGCGAAUAUAAGUAUGUUAUUCCGUCUCUGCAGAGGCUGGAUGCUGGGUUUUACCGCUGCGUGGUUCGGAACAGAAUGGGAGCGCUCUUGCAAAGAAGAUCAGAAGUUCAAGUCGCAUAUAUGGGGAACUUCAUGGAUGCAGAGCAGAGGAAAACAGUCUCUCAAGGGCACGCAGCUGUCCUCAACCUACUGCCCAUCGCCAGCUGCCCCAGACCUCAAGUGACCUGGUUCAGAGAAGGGCACAAGAUCAUUCCAAGCAGCAGAAUAGCCAUCACCCUGGAGAACCAGCUGGUGAUCCUGGCGGCCACCGCCGGCGAUGCCGGGGCUUACUACGUGCAGGCGGUGAACGAGAGGAACGGGGAGAACAAGACCAGCCCGCCCAUCCACCUGAGCGUCGCCAGUGAGUCCCGAAAGCCCAGUGAGCCUUCUGGAAGCCGAGAGGCUGGCACGCCGGAAGCCACGGGCCCCAUCAUCGUGAUCCCCCCGCGCAACAGCAGUGUGGUGGCCGGGUCCAGUGAGGCGACCCUGGAGUGCAUCGCCAGCGCCAGGCCUCUGGAGGAGCUGAGGGUGACCUGGAAGAGAAACGGGGUGCCCGUCACCAGUGGGCUGCACAGCUUUGGAAGACGCCUCACCAUCAGCACCCCGACCUCCUCGGACACUGGGCCGUAUGUCUGCGAGGCAGCGCUGCCGGGGAGCGCUUUCGAGCCUGCCAGAGCCCAGGCCUUCCUCUCCAUCAUAGAGCCACCGUAUUUUACCGCUGAACCUGAGAGUCGGAUUUUAGUGGAAGUGGAGGAAACCGUGGACCUCGCGUGUGGAGCCAUGGGGGUCCCCCCUCCCGCCCUCCAGUGGUACAAGGAUGCCGUCUCCGUCAAUAAGCUCCGGAACCCCCGCUACCACGCGCUCCCGGCUGGAGGCCUGCGCAUCCAGAAGCUGCGUCCGGAGGACUCCGGAAUCUUCCAGUGCUUUGCCAGUAACGAAGGUGGGGAGGCCCAGACCUCCACCUACCUGGAUGUCACCAACGUUGCACCAGCCUUUACCCAGCCUCCGGCGGACACCACGGUGACGGACGGGAUGACAGCCGUUCUGAGGUGCCAGGUGUCCGGGGCUCCCAGACCUGCCAUCACGUGGAGGAGAGGAAACCAGAUUUUGGCCAGUGGCUCUGUGCGGAUUCCUAGGUUCAUGCUCCUCGAGUCUGGGGGCCUGCAGAUAACCCCCGUCUUCAUCCAGGACGCGGGCAACUAUACGUGCCAUGCAGCCAACGCAGAGGGGUCCCUGCGCGCGUCUGCCACGCUCACCGUGUGGAAUCGGACGUCCAUCGUGAGGCCCCCGGAGGACAGCGUGGUGAUUAAGGGGACCACCGCGGCGCUGCACUGCGGAGCCACCCACGACCCCCGCGCGUCUCUCCGCUACGUCUGGAAGAAGGACAACGUGGUCAUCGCCCCGCCGGGCAGCUCCAGGGUCGCGGUGGAGAAGGACGGGUCGCUCCUCAUCAGCCAGACGUGGUCGGGCGACAUCGGGGACUACACCUGCGAGAUCGUCUCCGAGGGCGGCAACGACUCCAGGGCGGCCCGUCUGGAGGUGAUCGAACUGCCUCAUUCACCUCAGAACCUCCUGGCCAGCCUGAACUCCUCCCACAGCCGCACCGUCGUGCUGUCCUGGGUCCGCCCGUUUGACGGAAACAGCCCGGUUCUCUAUUACAUCGUGGAGCUGUCUGAAAACAACUCUCCGUGGAAAGUGCAUCUGUCAAACGUAGGCCCUGAGAUGACAAGCGUCGCCGUGCGCGGCCUGACCCCGGCGCGCACCUAUCAAUUCCGGGUGUGCGCCGUCAACCAAGUGGGCAGGGGCCAGUACAGCGCGGAGACCAGCAGAUUGAUGCUACCUGAAGAACCACCCAGCGCUCCCCCGAAAAACAUAGUAGCCAGUGGGCGUACCAACCAGUCUAUCAUGGUCCAGUGGCAGCCGCCACCAGAGACAGAGCACAACGGGGUGCUGCGUGGGUACAUCCUCAGGUACCGCCUGGCCGGCCUGCCCGGGGAGCACCAGCAGAGGAAUAUCACCAGCCCGGAGAUCAGCUACUGCCUGGUGACAGAGCUUAUCAUCUGGACACAGUACGAGAUACAGGUGGCCGCCUACAACGGGGCCGGCCUGGGCGUCUUCAGCCGGCCGGUGACCGAGUACACCUUACAAGGAGUGCCGACCGCGCCCCCGCAGAACGUGCAGACGGAGGCCGUGAACUCCACCACCAUCCGGUUCCUGUGGAGCCCGCCGCCGCAGCAGUUUGUCAACGGCAUCAACCAGGGCUACAAGCUCCUAGCGUGGCCGGCGGACGCCCCCGAGGCCGUCACCGUGGUCACCAUUGCUCCCGACUUCCACGGCGUCCACCACGGGUUCAUAACGAACCUGAAGAAGUUCACCGCUUACUUGGCGUCGGUUCUGUGCUUCACCACCCCAGGGGACGGGCCUCCGAGCGCGCCUCAGCUCGUGUGGACACACGAGGACCGACCGGGCGCUGUGGGCCACCUGAGUUUCACGGAGAUUCUGGACACCUCGCUCAAGGUCAGCUGGCAGGAGCCCCUGGAGAAAAACGGCAUCAUUACAGGCUACGAGGUCUCCUGGGAGGUGUUCGGGCGGAACGACUCGAGGCUCACGCUCACGCUCAACAGCACGACGCACGAGUUCAAGAUCAAGGGGCUGUCCUCACUCACCACCUACACCAUCGACGUGGCCGCCGUCACCGCCGUGGGCGUGGGCCUGGCCACCUCGUCCACCAUUUCCUCCGGAGUGCCCCCAGAACUCCCCGGCGCCCCCUCCAAUCUGGUCAUUUCCAACAUCAGCCCCCGCUCAGCCACCCUGCAGUUCCGGCCGGGCUACGACGGGAAGACAUCCAUCUCCAGGUGGAUCGUGGAGGGCCAGGUGGGGGCCAUCGGCGACGAGGAGGAGUGGGUCAGCCUCUACGAGGAGGAGAAUGAGCCUGACACCCAGACGCUGGAGAUCCCGAACCUCACGCCCUACACGCAGUACAGGUUCCGGAUGAGGCAAGUGAACGUCGUGGGUACCAGUCCCUUCAGCCAGUCCUCCCGGGUCAUCCAGACGCUGCAGGCGCCCCCAGAUGUGGCCCCCACCAGCAUCUCCGUCCGCACUGCCAGCGAGACCAGCCUGCGUCUCCGCUGGGUGCCCCUGCCCGACUCCCGGUACAACGGCAACCCCGAGGCCGUGGGCUACAGGAUCAAGUACUGGCGCCCGGGCCUCCAGGCCUCCGCGCUGGCCCACGUCAUCAGCGACCGGCUGGAGCGGGAGUUCACCGUCGAGGGGCUGGAGGAGUGGACCGAGUACGAGCUGCAGAUGCAGGCCUUCAACGCCAUCGGGGCCGGGCCCUGGAGCGAGGCCGUGCGGGGCCGGACGCGGGAGUCAGUUCCGUCCGCUGCUCCUGAAAACGUCUCAGCCGAGGCUGUCAGCUCCACCCAGAUUUUGCUGACGUGGGCGUCGGUGCCUGAGCAGGACCAGAACGGGCUCAUCCUGGGCUACAAGAUCCUGUUCCGGGCCAAAGACCUGGACCCCGAGCCCAGGAGCCACGUGGUGCGAGGGAACGGCACGCAGUCGGCGCUGCUGGCGGGCCUGGGCAAGUUCGUGCUGUACGAGCUCCGGGUGCUGGCCUUCACCCGCAUCGGCAACGGCGUCCCCAGCUCGCCCCCCAUCCUGGAGCGGACCCGAGACGACGCCCCAGGCCCCCCGGUGAGGCUGGUGUUCCCGGAAGUGAGGCUGACAUCCGUACGCAUCGUGUGGCAGCCGCCGGAGGAGCCCAACGGUAUCAUCUUGGGGUACCAGAUCGCCUACCGCCUGGCCAGCAGCAGUCCCAACACCUUCACCACCGUGGAGGUCGGUGCCACCGUCAGGCAGUUCACGGCCACGGAGCUGGCCCCGGAGUCCGCGUACACCUUCAGGCUGUCGGCCAAGACGAGGCAGGGCUGGGGCGAGCCGCUGGAGGCCACCGUCAUCACCACCGAGAAGAGAGAGCGGCCGGCGCCCCCCAGAGACCUGCUGGUGCCCCAGGCAGAUGUGACCGCCCGCAGCCUACGGCUCCAGUGGGUGCCGGGCAGCGACGGGGCCUCGCCCAUCCGGUACUUCACUGUGCAGCUGCGAGAGCUGCCCAGCGGCCAGUGGCAGACCUACUCCUCGUCCAUCAGCCACGAGGCCACCACCUGUGCCGUCGAAAGGCUGAGGCCCUUCACAUCCUACAAGCUGCGCCUGAAGGCCACCAACGACAUUGGGGACAGCGACUUCAGCAUGGAGACGGAGCCGGUGACCACGCUGCAGGACGUUCCGGGAGAGCCUCCAAGCUUCGUCUCCGUGACGCCACACACCACGUCGUCUGUUCUGGUCCAAUGGCAGCCCCCGAGGGACGAGAGCCUGAACGGCCUGCUGCAGGGGUACAGGAUUUACUACCGGGAGCUGGAGUACGAGGGGGCCUCGGCCACCGAGUCCAAGACGCUCAAGACGCCGUUGGCACUGCGGGCCGAGCUUACAGCCCAGAGCAGCUUCAAGAGCGUGAACAGCAGCUCCGCGCUAACCACGUACGAACUAACACAUCUAAAGAAGUACCGGCGCUACGAAGUGCUCAUGACCGCCUACAAUGUCGUCGGCGAGAGCCCGGCCAGCGCGCCCGUGGAGGUCUUUGUCGGCGAGGCCGCCCCGGCCGCGGCCCCGCAGCACAUCCAGGUGGACCCGCUCACCGCCAGCCAGCUGGAGGUCACAUGGGACCCGCCACCGCCCGAGAGCCAGAACGGGAACAUCCAGGGCUACAAGAUCUACUACUGGGAGGCCGACGGCCAGAACGAGACGGAGAAGAUGAAGGUGCUUUUCCUGCCGGAGACCACGGUGAAGCUCAAGAACCUCAGCAGCCACACCAGCUACCUGGUCAGCGUCUCGGCCUUCAACGCGGCUGGAGACGGGCCCAGGAGCGGCCCCCGGCAAGGCCGCACCCACCAGGCCGCUCCCGGGACCCCCAGCUUCUUGGCGUUCUCAGAAAUCACCUCCACAACGCUGAACGUUUCGUGGGGAGAGCCCGCGGCGGCCAACGGCAUCCUGCAGGGCUAUCGUGUGGUAUACGAGCCCCUAGCGCCUGUCCAAGGGGUCAGCAAGGUGGUGACGGUGGACGUGAAGGGGAACGGCCAGCGCUGGCUCAAGCUGCGGGACCUCACCAAGGGCGUCACCUACUUCUUCCGCGUGCAGGCCAGGACCAUCGCCUACGGGCCCGAGCUGCAGGCCAACGUCACGGCCGGGCCGGCCGAGGGCUCCCCGGGAUCCCCGAGAGAUGUGUCCGUCACCAAAUCGGCCUCUGAGCUGACCCUGCAGUGGACAGAGGGCAGUGCGGGCAGGACGCCCACCACGGGCUACGUCAUCGAGGCCAGGCCCUCAGACGAAGGCCUGUGGGACACGUUCGUGAAGGACAUUCCCUGGGGGGCCACGUCCUGCACCAUCAGCCUGGAUAAGCUCAGGCAGGGAGUGACUUACGAGUUCCGGGUGGUGGCCGUGAACCAGGUGGGCUACGGGGAGCCCAGCAGCCCCUCGGCCGCCGUGUCAGCUCAGGUGGAGGCCCCCUUCUACGAGGAGUGGUGGUUCCUGCUGGUGAUGGCGCUGUCCAGCCUGAUCGUCAUCCUGCUGGUGGUGUUCGCCCUGGUCCUGCACGGACAGAACCGGAAGUACAAGAACUGCAGCACAGGUAAGGGCAUCUCCAGCAUGGAGGAGUCCGUGACGCUGGAUAACGGAGGCUUUGCUGCCUUGGAGCUCAACAGCCGCCACCUCAACGUCAAGAACACCUUCUCGAAGAAGAACGGGACCAGGUCCCCCCCCCGGCCGAGCCCUGGCGGGCUGCACUACUCAGACGAGGACAUCUGCAGCAAGUAUAACGGCGCCGUGCUGACCGAGAGCAUGAACCUCCAGGAGAAGUCGGGGGCCGCGUCGGAGUCCGAGGGCACCGACUCCGAGUCCGAGGACGCGCCCCCCCAGCACUCCUUCGUCAACCACUACAUGAGCGACCCCACCUACUACAACUCGUGGAAGCGGCGCGCGGGCGCGGCCCCGCACAGGUACGAGGCGGUGGCGGGGGCCGAGGCCGGGCCGGCCCCGCACGCGGUGGUCACCACGCAGAGCGCCGUGUUCGCGCCCGCGGCCCGCGGCGCCCGGACUCCGCUCACCGGCUUCUCCUCCUUCGUGUGAGCGGCGCGGAGGCGAGUCCGUUUCGGUUUAAGACAAUCAGCUCCAGGAACCGAGCGCCAGCUUUGGUGUAAGAGCAUCUGACUCCUGAGGAUUUUACCGACGUGUGAACACGAGAUUUCAAUUAGGAGAGGUGUUUGGGUUUGGUUUUUUUUUUUUAAUGGCUUUUUGUAACAUCGCUGCUGGAAGCGGGGUUUCUUUGUUUCUCUUUUCUUUCUACGAGAAGGUGUAUUUCACUGGGGCAGUGGCUUGGCACCCCGGACCCGGACCUGGACCACGGGCCACCUGCGGCCUCCCCAGUCCCCCCGGCUUCUGGUCUUGAGCCACCUAGGAAGGCUGGAGGGGGAGGGAGAGCGGGAGUCGCGUGAGGCCUUCGCCUCCUCCAGGACGCCCCUUCUCGUCUCUACCUCCUGCCAGAGAACCAUGGCUGGCCUGGGGCUCCAUCGGCCACCACUCCGCUGGGCGCUGGCUCCGGGCCGUGAAGAGCAGCCGUCCCAGCGGGGCCCGGGGCCUCCCAAGCCGACCGCGUCCAUCUCUGAGAUGCUAUCGCUCAGGAGUUGCUGGGCGAGGAAUCCGCUUGCAGGUUCCCAGCAGUGGGGCAGCCGUCGAAGGUUCGGUUGUGUGUCAUUCCAGGAGUGAAAUACCGGGCUCUCCCCUCCAGUCCUUUCUUUCAACCCCAUAGCGCAGGAGCAGGAAACGACUUCCGUGGCCCCCCCGCAAGCUCGCCCUUCCCGUGAAUUCACAGCACACGCCUCCCCGCCACCCCCAGAAAACAAGACAGCGUCUGCAGAAUCGCUUGUUGUGCAAGAGGUGUGCGUUGUUAACCAGACGAUUUUUUAAAUCUUUUUAUCUUUUUUUAAAAUAUGUCACAUGAAAUGAAUGAGUCUCAGCUGUCUCCAGGUGCCUUUUUAUUAAUGGUUUAGCUUUGUACGUGGGAAAGACGAAGAGCGACAGUGUCUCCAAAUAAAGCGAAACAGCUCUGAGAAGAGGGGUCCCCAGUCCCCCCGUGCCUGCCAGGCCCCCCACCCCCCUACCCCGUGCGCGUGGCUCUGGUCUUUCCUGGAGCCUCCUUGCUCCCGCCGCUGCUGUGACUGCGGUGCUGCUGCGUCCCCUGACCCCAGGCCAGCUCUUAGCCUUAACGGGUUUUCUGGAAACCUUUUCUUUUCUUUCCUCGUUCUUGUUUGCUUUUGGCUUUUUUAGCUGAAAGGAAAGAGCAUGAACUACGUUGAAAGUCUGAAAGUCCAAACUAGAGGUGCAGGGAUGGCUGCUACUGCCAGCGCGGGCAAGCCCAGGGGCUGCGGGAGGGCCUCGCUUCCCGCCUGCUCAGCAGGAGCCUGUGCACACCCCCAGGGCACAGCGAGCAAGUGGCCUGCCUGUCCCAGAGGAGGGAGUGGGCGGCCCAGCGACUGGCCACUGCCAGCAGGGAGGCAGCCUCGUGGCUCUUCUCCCUCCGCCUCCUGGGCAGAGGUCUGUCUGGACCCUCUGCUAUCAGAGUUGCUGGGUGUGGCCCGGAGUUGUUGUUGUGUGAAAAAAAAAAAAAAAAAAAAACCCUUUUCUGUUUGAGUUUUGUGUCGGUGACAAACCCUUUUGCAGUUUCUCCAAAAGUAGGGGUAGGGGGUGUGGAUAGGUUCUCUCCUCUCUCCAGCCCUCCCUUCCUUUUUCUAAGCGGAGGGAAAACAUUCUAAACCAAAAAUCCUAGCUGCUCUGCCCAAAGCCUCUCCUGCAUGAGAAUCGCCCCCACGGGUCCCUGGAUGGGACCCGCCUGGGGCAGGGCCACCUCUGUCCCCCUCGGCCCCAAACGGGCAGGUGGACAGGAAGCCGUGAGGCUGCAGCUCAAAUUUCUCGGAAGCCGAGCGAUGGACGGAGGCCUUGGACAGACACCGCCUUCCGUGCUCUGCUCUCUAAGCCAUACGGACGUUGCUUGCAUGUGGGAAAGGGCUGAGCUGUCCUGGGAGGAGGAUGGCUGGUUUGAGGUGUGUUUCUGGCUUUGGGGUCUUUGCGACAACACGACGCAUCCUCCCGGGCUCCGUCCUUCUGUGCGCUCUCUGCUUGGAGUGAACCUCUUGGGAUGGAACUGUCUGUGCAAGGCUGUGACUCGAGGCUGCGGAUGUGGGUGUUGGUGUCUCUGCUCCUCCCCUGGCUGGGGGCUCUGGGCCGAGGGAGCCAGAGGGACAGAGUGGGUUAGAUUUCGGCCUCCAGACAGGAUGGGCACUGGGAAGCGUUCCUAACCUCUCCUAUUUAGGAAGGGGGCACAAAUAGCACCUAACAGGAAAAUGGAUAUUGGAUUUUAAUUCUGGUUCCAAAGAAAAAGGACAGGCCACGUUUCUGUGGCCAAGGCAAGGAGAACUGUACUGUCCUGCCUCCUUCUGCAGCGACCCCCUGCGGUGUCUCGUGGGCAGCGGUGGCUGAGUCCCCCAAGGUCCCAUGACACGCAGGAGAGCUGCGCUUUCUGGGUGAGGGUGACGCAGCAGAGCAGCCAGCAGGGCCACGCACUCUCUCUGAGCUGCGGGGCCAGGUUUGCAUGGAGCUCUGGGCGCUCCCCGCACAGGUUCCCAGGCCAGUGGGCGGCAGGGGCAGGGCAGUGGGCAGUCCUUGUGCCCAGAGGGCAGGCGUGGAAUGCGUCCCCUUGAGCUCCCGCACCUCCUCCUUUUGAAUAAAUUUGGCCCAAACUGAGCUUCUCCUUCCCCAGCCGAGCUUUUAAGGAACACUGAUAAAUGUCAUCUCGGAGGAAGACGUGCGUAGGGCAGCGUGGGCAGAGGCCGCGAGAGGUGGGGGAGGAAGACACGCACUUCUCCGCAGGCGCCUUGUGGCCUUUGACCGAGACUGGACUGCAGCAUGGUGUUUGCGUAGUGGUUCCUAGCAUGGUUUUCAGUUUUUACGAAUUCCUGGCACACAAUGUAGUUUAUUCUCCCAAUGAGCAAUCAAUCCAAGUAUCCAGAUGCGGCUCUCUGACUCUGCAUCCCUGUAGCAUGGACCGUCCGAAAGGUGGGAACAGGUGGACAUCCAGGAACUGAGCUGGUCUGUGGGCUGCCUCAUUCCCUGUCAGCUUCACCUGCUGGUUUAGGUGGCAUAGGUCACUCCUGAUAUUUUCCCGGCAACAUUUUCUGGAAUUGUGCGGAUUAAACUAGAUCGCAUUAAAAAGAAAAAAAAUCUUGUAGGAAGACAGAGAGGUGCUAUGGGUACGAUUUUUAAUAAAAACAUCAUUUUGUUCCUUA